UAUCCCGUCGCUUGCGUUGACAUUAACCAUAGAUUCGGGAUUUGCCGUCACCGACACUGGCGUAUUGUGUCCUUCUUAAAAGCGGGUCCUUCUUAAAAGCUCCUGCCGUCAAGGUUUAAAGUACACCAUGGUUGACGUUAAUGUCAAAGACUUCCUAGAUGCUGUCAGAAAGGGCAUCGAUGGUCGAAAACUGAAGCAGUAUCUUCUGGUGUCAAAAGCAAGCGACUUCCGGUGUUGGGCAGACGACAAUGGACUGGACGCCCUCCACCACACGAUCCUGCUCAACAACCCCGAGGCUCUACAGCUAAUGCUCUCAGAGGGUUACUUUACACACCCACAUGAACCAAAAAUAAAUCCAUACGCACACUUCGCUGCUAGACUGGGUUUCCGAACAGUCCUUGGUAUCAUUUUACAGUUCCGACCCAACGACUUCCGGUUUAUGUCCGAAAAAUUUGUGAUACCUGGUCAAGAUGACGACGGUGAUGAAAGAAUGAAAACCCCUCUUGACAUAGCUGCUGAAUAUGACCACAUCGAAUGCGUACGCACAGUCCUGAACAUGUGUGUAAUCAAAACAUAUCCUGAAGCUGCCUCCAAAGACGAUGUGAGUCUCGCUUGUCUUGCAAACUCUCCAUUGUCAUUGGAACUUGUCCUAAAACAAAACCCAUCUGAGACGGACAUCAAGUCUGGCAUAGAGGUUUCCCUACAAUACGCCAGGCCCGAAUGCCUUGAUAUUCUAUUGAAGCAGGACAUGCCGACCUCGUCUCUCUUCAAAAAGAUGAACUUUUACCACGUCCUCUAUACCUACAGUCGGACUUUCUCCAAAGGGGGACAUUCGCUCCUUCCAAAGAUGACAUCCGUUCUCAUCAAUCACGGACACUCUGUAAAAGUAUGCCGGCCUCCAAGAACGUAUCCUUUGUACAGCUUGUUGAGCAACGCCUUCUGUAUCCAAGACAACGACAACACCCAGCACUACAUCCAAUGCAUGAAGCUCCUGCUUCGUAAGGGAUCUGACCCGUGCUUUGACGAGGUCAAGGACGAAGCGGGUCAAGUCAAACGUGGGGUCAAACCGAUCGCCGGGAGACUCGCCUUCUCGUCAGCUCUACACUGUUUGUUAGAGACAGUUGAGGUCUUCGCUUCGGUUUUGGAGUCACGCACCCUCGCUGUCAAGUUUGUGGAGGAAUGUGCAGACAUUCUGGGUCAGUACCGCGCCCAUGCUAACCAGAUCGGGAGAUUAGGCGGAAACAAAAGCAGUUUACGGGGAACGGUUCUUCAUCAAUAUGCUAAAUGCAGUGUUGUAAUCGGAGUUGACGAGGCUAUGAUGAAAUGCAUGCUCCGCCAUGGAGCUGACCCCAACGAAAAGGUCAGUGGGAAAUACGCAGUGAACAGCUACCUUGACAUGCUGUUUGAGAAACUGGCUACGUGCCAAGUGGUAGACACGCAACAUAAAUACAAAAAGGAGGUGGAUACAAUGCUGAACAUUUGUACAUACAUGUCAGCCACGUCAGUCAGAGAGACUGCAAAGAUAUUCAAAAACGAACAUUCGCGUAAUUUAUCCCAGCAGGUGAAACCGUACGUCAAAUACGUUAGGGAGGAGCUAGACAUGAGAUGUCACGUGAUACGAUCACUGCGCCGCCUAGCGGCGUGGAAGGUGUGGCAACUCUGUGGUAUGAAAGGUUCAGCAGUCCACACCUUGCCUGUAUCGGUUAAGAUCAAAACCGACAUUCUGCCAAUAGUAUGAUUUCACUGAACCUGUCGGUUCCCCAGUAUUGGGGACGCCAAAGGGAACUGAGAACCACAGUGUAUUUUCCAAACUUGGUUACAUUUCGGAAACACAUGAAAGUAUUUUCAUAACAGUGUACGAUAUUCCAAUCAUAUUCUGUCGUGAUAGCCAUCCGACCCUUGGCAUCCAUAAGACAUCUGACAUGCAGACCCACGACAGUUAUACACUGCAUUUGGUUUGGUGCGUUCUCAAUUCGUCAGAUCCGUGAAUAUCGCGGUUAGAAUUGGUCUUCAGUAACCCAUGCUUGUCGUAAGAGGCGACUAACGGGAUCGGGUGGU